AGGGACAGUGUGAAAAGGGGGUUAGACGGCCACCCCAUACUAUUGGAUCGUGCGUCAUGACGCAGGUGUGUCUGUAUGGGUUGAGAUUUCUCACACUCAGCAAGCAUUGGUUGAGAUAGAGAGAGGGAGAAAAAGUGAGAAAGGGAGCAAAACAACACACAACUGAUCGUGCACACUUGCAUCAGCCGAGUUGACCGCAGCACGUUAUGGAGAGGGGGAGGGGCUGAUGAUGGUUUUGUUUUGAUGUAAUUGUGUUUUUAAUUUUUCCCUUUUCGUUAUUUUUAAAAAUUUGGCGCAUGUGCUAAGCGCCCCCACGGACGCGAUCUUAUGGCUAGUCGAUUCUACUAUACCGUGAAGCAAAGUCGAGCGUCAACAGCGAAGAAGGAGCAGACCGAUCGUUACGUGUGCUGUGUUUGUUUGUUGGACCAAAGUGGUGAACAUUCCACAAUCGUUUGAUUUGUUGGGUAGUUUUUGGCAACACAAAAUUGAUUAAGUACAACCAAUGGAAGGCGAUUUCAGAAGCAUUAUGCACCUAAGCUAUCGCGACUAUCGUUCCAUCCCGGAGGGUUUGCGCGGCCAGGGCAGUGAGGAGAUUUCCGAAAUUUAUCUGAAAGAAAAUCUCAUCCACACCUUGCCCGAUUGGUUCUUCGUGGAGAUGUGCCAUUUGCGGUUUCUGUGCCUCGCGGGCAAUAUGAUCGAAUCGCUGCCGAACCAGAUCGGCCGCUUCGAGUGUCUGGAAACGCUCGAUCUGUCGGAGAAUUCCCUUCACCGGUUGCCGCACACGGUGGGACGGUUGAAGCAGUUAACCAAGCUGCUGCUGAACGGAAACUAUCUCCACCAACUGCCUGCUGAACUAGGCCAACUACGCAAGCUGGAGGUGCUGGAAAUUCGCAAAAAUCGUCUCACAAACAUUCCCAUCCAGCUGUCACAGUGCGUCGCGCUAGAAGAUCUCCUGAUGGACGACAAUCCCGGGCUGGUGUCCGUGCCGACGCGGCUCUUCAAUCUGCCCCGGUUGACGUACGUGUCCGCGGAACGUUGCAACUUGUUUCAGCUCCCGUGCUACACCAACACAACCACACUCGCAUUUGCACUGCUGUUCAGCAACAACCGCAGCCUAACGCACUGUCCACUGGCACUGGAGCGCUUCGCGCCGCCCGAUUACGAUGCGCUCGAGGACAAGGUGAAGCGAAUCCGAAACCCUUCCUGCUAUCGGCAACUCGUUUGUAAAGCGGUACCGUAUCUGUUGAACUUUCCGUCCGAGUUGGCGUAUGUGAGUGAUCGUAAAAAAGUGGGCACUGCUCCAAACUCUCUGCUAGCGACAGCGUUACGAGUGGUUUCCCGGUGCCGGGUACGGUUGGAUGUUUUGGAGCGGCUUGGUUUGCCACAGUGCCUUACCACCCGUUUGCUUCAAGGACCGGUAGCCUACUGUGCCAGUGUACCAUGUGAGAAGGAAAUUUUCAUCGAAGCAGUCGUCGCGCUGGUUAAGAGGAAGGAAUAUGCGCGAAAUUUUGUACUUAGUGUGUUGUUCUGCUCGAAGCUUUGCGCGGACCGAUGGUUCCAGUACAACUGUGACACGUACGAGGAGCUGUCGUGGGAAAUUCCCGUCUAAAGCGUCGUCAUACUGCCAUCAAUACAGCCUUACAGCCGAGACU